AUGGGGAGCGAGGCGGGCGGCCCGCAGGUCACCACGCCGGGGCAGCAGCUCCGCGCCCUUUACGUGCUGCCGCCCGGUGAGAGCUCCUUCCGCACGGUGGAGGAGGUGCCCGACUACGUGGAGAAGAGUAUUCCAUUCUUCGUUGCUUUUAUUGUGCUGGAGUUUGCUGUCUGCUGGGUUCAGAAGCGUAAGCUGUCAGGUCGGAUCAAUGAUGGCGUAUGUCUUUCUUUAGGUAUUCUGUCUCGACUGCCAGAUGUUUUAUUCAGAAGAGUUGGCUUAAUUAGUUAUAUCUACAUAUGGAAUAACUACACACUCUUUGAACUUCCCUGGGACUCACCAUGGACAUGGUAUUUGACGCUCCUGGGAGUGGACUUUGCAUAUUACUGCUUUCAUCGCAUAGGCCAUGAGGUUAAUAUACUGUGGGCCUCACACCAAGUACAUCACAGUUCUGAAGAUUACAACUUAUUCACAGCCUUGUGACAAUUUGUCCUACAAAGGUACACCUCCUGGAUUUUCAACUUGCCCAUGGCUCUUUUCAUUCCCCCGUCAGUGUUUGCUGUUCAUCUGCAGUUUAAUCUACUCUACCAGUUUUGGAUACAUACAGAGGUUGUUACCAACCUUGGGCCUCUGGAGUGGAUUCUUAAUACUCCCAGUCAUCACAGGCUUCAUCAUGGUAGAAAUCCUUACUGCAUUGACAAAAAUUAUGGUGGCACACUCAUUAUCUGGGGCAGGGUGUUUGGAACAUUUGAGGCAGAAGAUGCGAAAGUCAUAUAUGGUUUAACACAUCCAGUGAAUUCAUUUGAACCCAUCAUGAUCCAGUUACAUCCCUUGGCUCAUAUUUGGAACACAUUUUGGGCCACACCUGGAUUCUGCAGUAAGCUUUCUGUCCUAUUCAAAGGGCCAGGCUGGGGACCAGGCAAACCUAGACCUGGCCUUCCUGAGGAAAUCCCAAUCACUGGAAAAGUUCCCUUCAAUCCAAGUGUACCAGUUUAUCUUGAUUGCUAUGCAGUUGUACAUUUUGCUGUAUCAAUGGACUUAUAUACUGAACUUCUUGCGGCUGCGACUAUAUUAUCAUAGGGAACUGUUCUCCUGAGAAUUGGCUUUAUCAUUCUUUCCCUGGCCUGUUUGGGACUACCUAUGGAGAACAGUCCUAAAGCAGGAAUUUUGGAAAUCCUUCGCUGUUUAGUCUUCAUGGGUGCGUACAAACUUGACUACUUCAGGAGUCAGUUUUCUUCCUUGGGCUAUGCAUAUGAGGUACACAUCACUUUCACGGAAGUCCUAUAUUUAUUUUUCUUUUUCUAUCUGGAAAUUCCCGAGUUACCUUAUAGAAAGAUGAGAAAUUUCAAAUGUACUGAUGCUAAAAGACAUAACAGCAGAUGUGGUUUCGGCUCAAAAAGUAAAGAAAAAAGCCCCAAACCUGCCUAGACAUCUCUGUGAGGGAUUGUUGAGUAUGGUUUGGUGGAGUGACAUCUAAUUUAAGGCAUCAAAGUCUAUUAUUGGAGCUGGCCCCAAGUGACUUAUAUAAGUCUGUCUGUCAUCUCCCAUUAGCAUGUGCUGGUUGCGAAAGGAUGUGGGAACCAACAGUAGGUUAAAAAUGAAAUGAACCUUGGAUGUAAUGCAAAGGAAAUGCCUCCAACUACCAGAGGGUUCUUGCACAGAAAAUCAAAGGCCCUCUUUCCCACUCCCAAAAUGUAUGUUUUGUAGCCAUGGGCUUAUGUCAUUAUUAUAAACUUGAUUUUUAUUUUAUUUUUUUAAUGCAUACAACUUUAAUGACAGUUCUUUAUAGAAAGUUCUUUCUUUAGAGCUCAGAAAAGAGCUUAGAAACCUCAGUCAAUAACUGUUUUGGUAUUUGGUUGGUUUUUUUUGAUGCUGUGAAAUCAUUUAUGUGUCUCAACAUAAUGUGAACUCUUAACAUUGUCACAAAAGUUUGAGGUAUCCUUGUAUCCAAAACUAAUAGCAAAUUCCAGUAAAGAUUUGGGAGCAAAAUCUUCUCAGAUUUGCUUCAUAGUAAUCUUUUCAGGGAAAAUGCUAUAUGUCUUUUCAUAGCAUUUAAUCUUCAGAGAUUUCAAGCAGAAAGAUUUAACAAUAUUCUUAGGAAUAUAUUCUAGCAAUUCAGUUGUACAUAUUCAGGAGGGUUAUAAAAUAAACCCUGAGAAUACAUGGUGCU